AUGUCAGCGGUGCUUCAGUUGUUUUCCGAUGGGGUUUUGGUAGGGGUUUUGUUGGUUGGUUGUUUGGAGGUCGGAGAACUGGUGGUCUGGUGGUCAUUUGCUGGUUGUUUUAGCUUGGGUGAUGGAGGUCUGGGUUCUGGUGGGGCCGAAGUGUGGUUUUACCACUGGAUUUUGGCAUGGAGAGGGUGGUGUUUGAGAGCUGUUUCAGGUCGGUUUCACGGCUGUUUGAAUGAUUCCGAUGGUGGGUGUGGUGGUUUCAAGUGGUCGUUUGGAGGUUGUUUUGGUGGUGUUUCGCCGGAAAAUGGAGAAAAUGAAUGGGGAUUGCCGGAGCUUGAUUUGGGGUUGGAUAAGGUCUUAGCUGAAAAAUUAAGGUAUGACCUCAAUGACUCGACACCUAAUGUGGUGUUCACGGGUCGGUUUGGAUCGAUCUUCAUUUGCAACAAGCAAAUAGAAGAAGGUACCCCCUUAGAGAAGUCGAAGAUGUUUGAUGAUGAACGUGAAAGCGGCAGCUAUCUCUCUCGUGGUUUUGAGUGUAACAUUUGCCUGGAUCUUGCAAAUGAUCCAGUGGUUACCUUGUGUGGUCACUUGUAUUGCUGGCCUUGCAUCUACAAAUGGAUCCACUUACAUAGCAUCCCUUCCGAAAAUCCAUCUCAACGCCACCUACAAUGCCCUGUUUGCAAGGCUGAUGUUUCAGAAAGAAGCAUGGUUCCACUCUAUGGCCGCGACCAAGCUACAAAAACAUCUGAAGUUGAAGUUCAAGCUAAUGGUAUGGUCAUACCAGAAAGACCUGGGAUUGAUUCACAUCCACCUCAACAACUCCAUCAUCGAGGUCAGUCAAAUACAACCAGGAUUGGUGGCACGACAACAAAUAUGUUACAUCCCUUGAUUGGUGAAACGGCGUAUGCAGCACGCGUUUCUGGAAACUCAUCACCAACAUUGUAUCCAUAUCCAAACGCGCAUCAUCUAGUAGGCAGCACUACUUUGAGAAUGAGAAGGCAACAAUUGCAAGCUGAUGAUAAAUCACUUCGCAGAGUACAUUUUUUUCUCAUCUGUUGCGUAGUGUUAUGUCUUAUCUUGUUAUGA